AGUAACAGCGAAUGCCGGCUGCACGUGGGCGUUACAUGGUGUGGUUCGACAUUUUGGCGGCUGAAAAACAAGGAUUGUUUUGUUGGGACACUAAUUCUAGUGAUAACCUACAAGAAGUGCAACCUUACACGAAAUAUAUCCCGGGACAUUUUUCAUGUCAUGGAAUCGAAUGUAAUUCCAAGCAAGAUAAGAAGGCUUGAAACACCUCUUUUAAGCACAUCUGCUGCAGAUGAAGAUUGUACCGAGGAUAGCACUGAAGGACAUGCUGUCGUCCACUUGAAUGUAGACCUCUUGCACAGAAUCAAACAAGAACCAGUGGACUGCAGUGAAACGCCUGAAGUUACAUGUGUCGCAUUACAAAAGGACUUCUAUGACAGUAGUUUUCGGGAAACCUUUUUGGACGAAACCAGACAUGACUCAAGUAAUGAUAACCAAGGAUACGCAAGUCCUACCAUCCCAAUGAUGAAUGAAAUGUCUGCUGAGAAUGAAUCAGGACUCAUAAAUGAAAGAAUUUAUCCUUGUAUUAGGGCCUCGCCUGCUAUAGCCAGGACUCAAUCUCGAAGGAGCUUACGCAAGCGCUCUUCAGUGCAGCGAUCAUCACCCGAAAUUGAAGUGAGUUCCUCUUCCAGUUUUCAUAAUCUAGGCAAAAGAAAACAAUCAAAGAAUUCAUCAUCAAUCAGAAGUGUUCGUAAAAAGAGAGCAAGUACUGUGAAUCAACCUGCGUUUCGAAACUCGCUUGUCAGCGAAGGAAGCCCUGGUUCUAUCGAUGCAGAUGAAAUAACAGGUGAUGCCAGCGAUGUGUUCAAACGUCGAUUCCGCAAGAUGCUGAAGGACUUGGUUGCUAAACGAAUGUUAAAGUUACAACACUCAGCAGUAUACUGCGGAACUGUUUCAGCCUUGAGGCGCAAGGUGGCGAUUCUUGAAAGAAGAAAUAUGCAGCUUGAAGAUAAAGCAGACAGACUUCAGACGUCCAUGAUGAAUCUCUACAACGAGAAAGAAAAAGAAGCGACUAAGACUGUCUCACGUGGUACUCAAGUGUCUAUGGGAAUGAUCUUGAGUCGAGCAUGGUCUGCAUGUCAAGGCGUGGACAAAGCUUCAUCCUUUGCAUUAGAGGAACAUGGGUCCUGGUCCAUUCCUGGAGAUGGCCCUGUCAUCAUCAAAGUUUGCGGGAAACAGGUAAAUGAUGCAUCUGCGCGUGUUCAAAUACCAAAGCUCUCUGAGAUAAUGCGAGAGAACACGUCACAGAAACAAAUGGAAUCACAGCAAUGUACGCAUUCUCCCCAAACGGACAGUCCUCUACCCAAAAUACAACACGUUUCUUCUGGCGGCCUCCUUGUAUCACAACAGCCUCGUCAACAUCCUUGUGAUUUUAUACUUCCAGAACAUCGUCUUCUUUCCAACCAAGCUCUUAUAUCUCAACGUAAUUCGGCCAGGCCCUUGCAAGGUCCAAACUUGCCCUCGCCAAGUACGGGAAUAAACAGUUUGCCUGUAAAUCGCCAGGCAGUAAUAGUGACAGAUCAACGAGGGCAACUUUCUGGUGCCAUAGAUCCUUGGCGAAGUAUCUCUUCCACUUCUGCUCAGCAGCAUGCAACCGGACCAGUAAAUCGCAUCGCCACAGUUCGUCCUCAGCAGGUCAUUUCGUCCUCAGAAAAUAGUUCAGUUGGUCAAAAUGUACCUCUGCAGACGGCUCAAAUGCCAAUCCUACCUCGACCUCGACUGGAUUCGACGAAUCUUCCUAUAACGAAAGAUAACACAGAUAAUAUCUCCACAAUCAUCAGACAAAUUACUCCGCCAGUCCAUCGAACUGAUUCUUCAUCGUCAAGGCCUGUAAUGACACAGACUCAAGAUAGAAAUGCAAGUGUUGCAUCAAUGUUAACUACUGCAGGUAGACGUCGACGACCCCCAGGGGGCUGCUUCUGUUGCCCACCAGAUACAAAUCAAAGACAUACAGUUGGAAAUCAAAAUCCAGCACGAGGCAGAGACGAUUUGCACUUGCAUACAGGAGGUAAUCACGAGGCACCUCGUGGGCAACUUUCCAACAAGAACCAAGUCUCAACUUCCAUAAGUACAUCUGGUGCUCGUACUCAUGGGAUUGUGUCAGAGUUGCGGCCCACUAUUCCUUUGCCUUAUCCACAACAGUUUCGUCCAGGCACACAAACAUCAAACAAGUCAAGUUGUUCAGUUCCGACUGGAGAGCCUGCUAAUAAAAUACGCUCCUCCAGUCCAAAUCGUCACCAUCGUCCAAAUGUUUUGCUAGGUCACGUGAACUUUCCAAGAGCGGGUAUGUUGUGCCCUCAGGCCUUACCCACAACUCCAGAUGGUACAAGGAGUGCUCAAGGUAACCAACUUGUUGGGGGCCUUCCACCUCAAAUUUCCUCCCAGGCAGUACCAAACCCAUCGGAAAUACAAAUAGGUUCCAGCGGCGUCCAAAACCCUCUUAAUCAAGAGUGGUCCAAAAGCCAUUAUCAAAACUCCAUCAGAGCCUCGGACCAACCAGUUAUUCCUCUUAAUGGGGUUGAUUUGCAUCCAGCUAGUCACCCGGUCCAAAGACAAAUGUUUCACUUUACUAAAGAGCAAACUGCACAUAAUACUGACGGUGGCUACUCCACGACUUCUCACCAAUGUAGUCCUCAGCUGCAUCCUCAGCAACAGAACCAGUUGCUCACGCAACCAUCUAUUCAUAUGCACCAACAACAGGUGCCUUUACUGCAGCAUCCGCCUCGUCAGGAACUGCAACAGCAACAGCAUCGACCGCAACCUCAGCAACAGCAGCAACUACAGAAACAGUUGCACCAGUAUCAGAGGAUAGCAGGUUACGUGCCGCCCACUCCUAUACUUCCUAAGCCACACCCAAGAGCACAUCAAUAUUGGCAACGCAACCCUCAGUUCACAGUACCAAGUGCUGCGCAUUGUGGAACAUCUUUUGCAGAACAAUUACCUGCUUCUCUUAUUACGGCAAGCUCUAACAAUUUCUGUUUAAACCAAAGACCUCCCAUUCAGACACAGUUUCUUAGACCUUAUCCUGCACAAAAUAUAAGAAAUGGAGCCUUUUUGCAGCAAUCAAUCCAACCGCCAGUCCACCAAAGUCAAAGCAGUGUUCAUACUUCCUCAACCUCUGUUUCGCAGCUCAGUGUUAGUGUGCUGCACGACUCUAAGUCAGUUUCCCCUCAAAGAGAAAGGGUGGGUGCAGGAAGUAUCCUUCAUGGUCAGGUUCCGUACUCCGCUAACGCAAGAGCUUGUGUCCAUCCUAAUGCUUCACCCUCGUCAUUAGCGCUCCUGAGGCGAAAUAAUUCGGAUAGAGACUCAGCAAGAGAGGGGCAAAGAAACCCACUCACGAUGUCUAACGCGGAGAGUGGACAUCUGCUUGAAAGAAGAACCUCUUUUACAACUCCAAACCUAGCUACUAUAUCAAUCCUACCUGCCAAUAGUUUUCGAUCUACCCCGCAGAAUCCAUCGAUGCCCUCAGGACCACUACUAAAUAGCCAGACGAAGACCGUGUUGCCUGCCACUCGAUCACCUGCACCCAGAACUACAAGAUUACGAAAUGCGCAAGGGUCGGAAUUGAAAAGUAAUGAAGUAACAGCUGUUCAGGCAUCUUGCCCGGCUACCGCUUUGUCUCCAAGGACUGGUUGUACCACUCGUUCGUUACUUGUUCAGAACUUACCAGGAAUGAAACUGUUAGACGAUUUUAAGGACGUGACUAAUCCGGAGACAGAAGGAAACAAUAAACUAUUAGAUUCACAUGGAGGUGUUGUUGGCCAGAUCGUGAGUUUUUCAGAUGUAGCAGAACAGGGUGACAACGAAGGCUCGCAACUUCAAAAAGACAAUGCUUCUUACUUAAAACCAAUUCUCGGUGCAGAGCAAAGUAGAGAUGGUAUUGUGUUGUCAUGGGAUCUAACCAGCAGAGAGUACGAAUCAAAAGUUAUUAAGUAUGAACUCUUUGUGACCACGGCUUCCAGCGAAUCAACGGGAUGGCAAAGUUUGGGUGUCGUAGACGCCCUUGCACUUCCUAUGGCUUGUACAAUGACGCAGUUUCUUCCAGGGGCCUCUUAUUAUUUCACUGUACGUGCUAUUACAGAUGUGGAUGACCGCAGCAGCGAAUUGUUUAGUCAACCUUGCUCUAUAACUGUUCUCGAAUCUUAAUCAGGGCUCUUCCUCCAUUUGUCCCGUGUAAAUUACAGGGCGUUUUUUGAUUUCAAAACCUUUCCGUCGCAAAAUAGUCUCAAAUUAUUGUCUAGAGUACCCAUUCAUCGGCCGAUAACGUCAUAUAAUUUGACUGAAACGGCAAAUUUGGUGUUUUGUUUUCAAAAGGACACUUUCCUUUUCGUUUUAUUUUUAACUGGCUGGAAUGAGAAAUUGGUCAAAGAUGAUAGUUGGAAUUUUACUGAAAAAAGUAAAUAUUUUAUAGACUCAGGCCGCUUGCUUCAAGCCAGGUGAUGUAUACAGUCAAGGCCCGGAAUUGCUGAGAACGUGGCUUUUGGCUAAAGACCUUGAGGCUAUAAACUGAGGGCUUUAUUAAAACGCUUACAUUUUUAUUUAAACGGGGAAUUUGCAAACUGGCUCACCAACAAGGUAAACAGCAAGGAACUCAGAUGGGUUUCUUGAUUUUUUUUUUUUUUCUUUUUAAACAUUCAAAUUUCAUUUCCACAGGGACACUUGGGUCAAUAUUGCUUCUCGUUGGGGAGAAAUAUAUCAGAGGCAUUGAAAUAUAGACAAAAAUAGUUUCCUCUUAUUAACAGCUGGACCGAGCAAGCUCGUCUUUAGUGCGUCACUCCCGUUUCUCCUUGUUUUUCCUUAUUCGACAGUUUAGGGCUUCUAGAACAUGGUGCUUCAGAAAAUUUUUUUUUUUUCUUUCCCUUUUUUUUCCUUGAUGGAAAUAAACUUACCAGUAGCUUUCAAGUCA